UAUGGUUUUGGGGACUGCUUUAGCUCGUUAUCACUACGAUGCAACACCAGAUGAAGCAGGCGGCACAAUCAUAACAAUGAAUGAAGGAGACGAAUUAUUAUUGCUUGAGAGGGAUAUGGGCGAUGGAUGGACUAGAGUUCGACAUAGAAUUUCUAAUGCAGAGGGCUUUGUUCCUACUAGCUAUUUGGACUGCAAAUGGUAUGGAUCUUCGACAUCACGUUAA